GUUUCAUCAUGUCACGAACUCCCCGUGCCCAAGUAGACUCCUCCCCUGCUUCUUCGACCCGACCCCGCCAGCCAUGGACGCCCUCACCCGCCUCCACCGCUCCCUCGCCGGCGGCGACGAGGAGGAGCUGGCGGAGGACUCCAUCCUGGGGGACACCGAGGACCUCUGCUCCCUCUCCCCUCUCCAGAGGAUCUACGCCUUCGCGGCGUGCUUGGUGGCCGGACUCGCCCUGAUGAUCCUGUCUUUUAUCGUCUUCGCUAGACCUAUCAAAUUCGCAGUCAUGUUUACAUUUGGAAACAUAUUGGCAGUUGGGAGCACAGCCUUUGUUAUGGGGCCACAAAAACAGCUAAGGAUGAUGUUUGAUCCAGUUCGUUUGUAUGCAACAGCUAUUUAUGUUGGAUGUGUUGUUUUGGCUCUAAUCUUCGCUCUUUGGAUUCAUGACAAGCUGCUAACGCUGAUUGCGAUCAUAUGUGAGAUCUGCGCCCUGUUUUGGUACAGUUUGAGCUACAUACCUUUCGCGCGAAGGAUGGUUUCUGACCUGAUGGUGAAGUUCUGUGACACUGAACUUUGAGUUAUGGUGUGCUAGGCAACAUUCAUCAGGGCCUGGAAUCAGAAGUUCUGUGACACUGAACUUUGAGUUAUGGUGUGCUAGGCAACAUUCAUCAGGGCCUGGAAUCAGGGAAGCCCCUGGGCACUUGCCCCUUUACCCAUUUCAUCUGGGUCUAGUUUUGUCUGAUAAAAACCAAGCUAUGUAUUUUGUAUAAAUGAAUGCCAUGAUGCAAUAUUUGUAAAACUUUGGCUGCAUCUGUAAAUCAGAUUUCUGGCCUUGUGCUGCUGCAAAACAAUCUGCGUGAGUUGUGACUGUGUA